CUCGAGCAAACGCGGGGCUUGUCUUUGUGCUGCAGCUUCUCAGCAGGGCGCAGGGACUGACUGCUUCUGCAGUCUGAUUUGCUGGGAGGCUGCCAGCCGCCUUACCAACCUCCUCCUCCUCUCUGCGGGCAGCUUGCAGGCAACUCUGCCCUGUUCCCUGCUCAUCGCCCGCUUCCCGAGCGACGAGAUGACUUGCCAGAGGAGGACAGGAGGCUGACUUCCCCGUGGCAGGGAUGGAGCAGAGGAGCUGGUGAUGCAGACAGAGGAUGCUGCGGGGAAGCCUAGGAGUGGGAGGGAGGAGGCUAGGCAGCCAUGGCUGUGCACGGCCGGCACAGCAAGGUGCUCCCCUCCGAGCUGAACAAGGUGUGCCCUGAGAGAGAAGACAGUUCCUCCGUGCACCCCAUGAAGAUGAGUGACUUCGAGGUGGUCCCCAACCUGCAGCAGAGCAGCAGCAGCAUCUCGCGGAGCAGACGGAAGGCACAUUUUCCCUCUGGGAACAACGAGAAGGAAAAUCUCAUCUCAUGGAUUCCUGAAAACAUCCGGAAGAAAGAGUGUGUGCACUUCGUGGAAAGUUCCCAGACAUCAGAUUCUGGGAGGACUGUGUGUGAGUGCGGCUACCUCAGGGAACAGCACCUGGAAGAUGCUGUCAAAACUCCCCUCUUCCUGGGGAAGGAAUGGGACCCCAGAAGGCACAUCCAGGAAAUGCCAACAGAUGCCUUUGGGGACAUCCGUUUUGCAGGCCUGGGACAGAAGAUGGGAAAGUACGUGCGUGUCUCCUCUGAUACUCCUCCACGGGUCAUCUACCACCUCAUGACACAGCACUGGGGCCUUGAUGCACCCAACCUGCUCAUCUCGGUUACUGGUGGAGCCAAAAACUUCAUCAUGAAGCCAAGGCUAAAGAACAUCUUCCGGCAAGGGCUAGUCAAAGUGGCCCAGACCACUGGGGCCUGGAUCAUCACAGGGGGGUCCCAUGCUGGUGUGAUGAAACAGGUGGGAGAGGCAGUGCGAGACUUCAUCCUCAACUGCAGCUACAAGGAGGCCGAGAUUGUCACCAUUGGCAUAGCCACCUGGGGGACUGUGUACAACCGGGACAGCCUCAUCUGCCCCAUGGGUGGCUUUCCAGCUGAGUAUGUCCUGGAUGAGGAGAACCAAGGAAGCCUCUCGUGCCUGGACAGCAACCACUCCCACUUCAUCCUAGUGGACGAUGGGACCCACGGGAGGUACGGAGUGGAAAUCCCCCUGAGGACCCGGCUGGAGAAGUUCAUUUCGGAGCAGACCAAGGUGAAAGGAGGCGUUGCCAUCAAGAUCCCCAUUGUUUGUGUGGUGCUGGAAGGAGGCCCUGGGACACUUGAUACCAUCUACAAUGCCAUCACCAAUGGGACACCCUGUGUGGUUGUAGAAGGGUCUGGGCGUGUGGCAGAUGUCAUUGCACAGGUGGCCAACCUGCCUGUGCCCAAGAUAACCAUCGCCUUGAUCCGGAAGAAGCUCAGUGUGCUUUUCCACGACACCUAUGAGCUCUUCACCGAGGGCAAGCUGGUGGAGUGGACCAAGAAGAUCCAAGACAUAGUGCGGAGCCAGCAUCUCCUGACCAUUUUCAGAGAGGGCAAAUAUGGCCAGCAGGAUGUGGAUGUGGCCAUCCUCCAGGCCCUGUUCAAAGCAUCCCAAAACCAAGAUCACUUUGGUCGUGAGAACUGGGACCACCAGCUGAAGUUAGCUGUGGCCUGGAACAGGGUAGACAUUGCUCGGAGUGAGAUCUUCACAGAUGACCAUGAGUGGAAGCCUACAGAUCUCCACCCUGUGAUGGCAGCUGCCCUGAUCUCAAACAAGCCAGAGUUUGUGAAGCUGUUCCUGGAACAGGGAGUACGUCUCAAGGAGUUUGUCACCUGGGACACCCUCAUUUACCUCUACAACAACAUGGCAUCGUCCUGCCUGUUCCACAGCAAGCUUCAGAAGGUCCUGCUGGAGGAGACAGAGAACACAGCUGGCUCCAAAAUGCCAAGAAUCCAACUGCACCAUGUCUCCCAGGUGCUGAGGGAGCUCCUGGGCCACUCCACACAGCCACUCUACCCCAAGCCCAAGCACGUUGAGCGGCCCCGGCUCUCCAUCCCUGUCCCGCACAUCAAGCUGAAUGUCCAUGGGUCAAGCCUCCGGUCCCUCUACAAGCGCUCUUCUGGCCGAGUUGCCUUCAGCAUGGACCCAGUCCGUGACCUGCUCAUUUGGGCUGUGGUCCAGAACCGCCAGGAACUGGCAGAAAUCAUCUGGGCCCAGAGCCAGGACUGCAUGGUGGCUGCUCUGGCCUGCAGCAAAAUCCUGAAGGAGCUCGCCAAGGAGGAGGAAGACACUGACACCACUGAUGAAAUGCUGGCCCUGGCUGAGCAGUACGAGAACAAGGCGAUUGGUGUGUUCACAGACUGCUAUCGCAAGGAUGAAGAGAGGGCCCAGAAGCUCCUCAUCCGUGUCUCUGAGGCCUGGGGGAAGACAACCUGUCUGCAGCUGGCACUGGAGGCCAAAAACAUGAAUUUUGUGGCCCAUGGAGGUGUCCAAGCCUUUCUGACAAAAGUCUGGUGGGGGAAGCUGUGCAUUGACAAUGGGCUUUGGCGGGUGAUUGCGUGCAUGCUCUUCUUCCCACUUCUCUACACCAGCCUCAUCACCUUCAGGGAGAAGAAGCUGCAGCCCAUGAACUGCCUGACACGUUUCCGGGCCUUCUUCACAGCACCUGUGGUCAUCUUCCACAUGAACAUUCUCUCUUACUUCACCUUCCUCCUGCUCUUCGCCUACGUCCUGAUGGUUGACUUCCAGCCGUUACCAUCCUGGUGGGAGUACCUCAUCUACUUCUGGCUCUUCUCCUUGGUGUGCGAGGAGACGCGCCAGCUGUUGUAUGACCCAGAUGGGCUUGGGGUCCUGAAAAUGGCUUCCCUGUACUUCAAGGACUUCUGGAAUAAGUUGGAUGUUUGUGCUAUCGUGGUUUUUAUCACUGGGCUGACUUGCAGGCUCAUUCCAUCAACUUUAUAUCCCGGACGCAUCAUACUGUCAUUGGCUUUUAUUAUUUUCUGCCUACGUCUGAUGCAUAUUUUCACAGUCAGUAGAACGCUGGGGCCCAAGAUAAUCAUUGUGAAGCGCAUGAUGAAGGAUGUCUUCUUCUUCCUCUUCCUGCUAGCAGUGUGGGUGGUGUCCUUUGGGGUUGCCAAGCAGGCCAUCCUGAUCCACAAUGAGGAGCGUGUGGAGUGGCUUUUCCGUGGUGUAGUCUACCACUCCUACCUGACCAUCUUUGGACAGAUUCCUUCCUACAUCGAUGGGGUGAACUUCAACAUUGAUCAGUGCAGCCCCAAUGGGACUGACCCCUACAAGCCCAAGUGCCCAGAGACCAAUGAGGACAACAAGAAACCCAUCUUCCCAGAGUGGCUGACGGUCAUCUUACUGUGCCUAUACCUGCUCUUCACCAACAUCCUCCUCCUUAACCUCCUCAUCGCCAUGUUCAACUACACAUUCCAGCAGGUCCAGGCACACACAGACCAGAUCUGGAAGUUCCAGAGGCACAACCUGAUUGAGGAAUACCACGGCCGCCCGCCCGCACCUCCGCCAUUCAUCCUCCUCAACCACCUGCAGCUCCUGGUCCGGCGAGUCCUGCUGUGCAGGCCAGCCAUGCGCCACAAGCAGCUCAAAGAGAAGCUGGAGAAGAAUGAAGAAGCUGCCCUGCUCUCCUGGGAGAUGUACCUGAAGGAGAACUACCUGCAGCACCAGCAGUGCCAGGAGAAGCAGAACACAGAGCAGAAAAUCAGAGACAUUGCACAGAGAGUUGAUGUGCUGGCAGAGCUGCUGGACUUGGAUCGGGUGAAGAGGACAGGUCUGGUGGAGCAGAGAUUGAUCGCUCUAGAAGACCAGGUUCAUCAGAGUGCCAAAGCCUUGAGGUGGAUUAUGCAGGCCCUGCAGGGCAAUGGCUUCACUUCAGAGGAGGACAUGCCACUCUUGGCCUCCAGCAGAACCUCAGAGGUGAAGGAGCUGGACCUGGAGGAGAAACCUGAAGAGAAGCAGCCCCCAUACCAUGUGCUUAGUCGAAACCUCAUCUACCCAGGGUCUCACAUCAUCCGCUUCCCCGUGCCGGAUGAGAAGGUGCCCUGGGAGGUGGACUUCCAGCUGUAUGACCCUCCUGCCUACUCAGCCGACCACAAGGACACAGCUGUGCAAGACCCAUUCAACCUCUCCUUAGAGUCUCUCCUGAAGAUAAACUACAAUGCCAUGGAUGGGCUGAUUGACCGGCAGAGCUUCCACGGCCUCUACGCCGUGCAGGAUGGACUGCCGCUGAAUCCCAUGGGCAGGACAGGUCUGCGAGGCCGCGGGAGGCUGCACAGCUUUGGGCCCAACCAUGCCCUGCACCCAGUUGUGACCCGCUGGAGGAGGAACUUGGAUGGGUCCAUUAUCAGGAAGAGCCUGAAGAAGAUGCUGGAAGUGCUGGUGGCCCAGUACCCCCUGUCAGAUGUCUGGGCUCUGCCUGGGGGGUCGCUGGAGCCAGGCGAGAUGCUGCCACUGAAACUCAAGUGGGUCCUGCGCCGGGAGUUCUGGCCUCAGUUCCAGAACCUGCUGAAGCAAGGCACCGAGAUACACAAAGGGUACCUUGAUGACCCCCGCAACACAGACAAUGCCUGGGUUGAGACUGUUGCUGUCAGCAUACACUUUGACAGUCAGAACGAUGUGCAGAUGAAGCGACUGAAUUCGUUCCUCCAGGGCUGCGACCCAGAGCUGUGCAUCCGCUGGCAGGUGCUGGACAGGAGGAUGCCCCUGCACGCCAACCACAAGCUGCUCCUGUACAAGGUCUCGACCCUCCUUGGUGCCUACUACUGAAUCCUCAAGCACAAGCUGACUCCUGCAGCCCCAGGCUGGGCCCUGCUGCUAUGCCCCAGCUCAUCUGUGAGGCCGUGGGAAGCUGCUGGAGCCUGGGCAGCUACUGCAGCACCCACAGUCACCACCAUGGCUGAAAUCCCACAGCCACCAGCUCAUCCUUCCCCGUCCUUCAGAGAGGCUGAGUUCAGCCCCAGCUUGUCACUCAAUGCUUCCACAUCAGCCCCAGUGCUAGCCCAGGGCUCGGACCAGGCAGAACCACGGGGCUGUCCCUACAAGGUGUUCCUUCUCUCAGCCCCUCCCUGCUGUCUGCUUUGCUGUGGGCGCUGGGGACAUGCCUGCCCCCCUUCCUCUCCACAUCCAUCGGGCAGUCGUGCUCCCUGCUCACCCUCUGGGCUCCAGCAGCCCCAUCAGCAUCACUCCUGGAGAACUGCUGCAGGGAAGGCUUGGGGUCUUUUGCGUCUGACUGUCCUGCAGGCUGCUACCAUGACAGAUGUCCCCCUGUCUCCACUUAGACACCAUCUUGAGCCGUGAUCCAGCACUUCAGAAGGUGCCAGCAGCUCUUGGCUUAUAUACCCACAGCUUUAUACUCCUGCACAGGUCCUCCCCUACAGCUCUUAUGUGAUCCCGUGCGUGUAUGCUGAGCAACACAUUGCAGCUGAUCUUCUUCCCUCUGUGGGAGCCAAGGCAGCAGCUAAAUGACACCUGCCUCCCCCGUCCCCUCGUGCACACGGGCAGCCAGGGCAGCUCGCUGCUCCGUGGCCACGCGGGCAGGUAGGGAAGCGAGUGAGGACACUUGUACCCAUCACAGACAGCUCUGGUCUUGAGAAGUCCUUCAGUCACCUUUGCUGUUGCCUGCCAUAGGAAGGAUGAGGCACAGCAGAGAUGUUUCCCAGGGCCUCUUUAUCGUCCAUAACAGCCCAGGGAGGGUGGACUACAGCUGGCGCUGCUCAGGGAGGGAUUCCAGCUGCCCUCCCCUCACCCAGACACUGUCCAGCCAGAGCUGUCCUUCCCCACUGGUGGCCAUCACAGCACAAGGGCAGUCUAACCAGUAAAUGCACUGGGGCUGGGACAGGGGGCCGGAGUGGCAAUUUAGUCAACCCUCAAUAAACCAUGUAUUAAAGGCU